AGGGAUUUAUUGGUCGAAAUAUUUGAGCUGUUUACAAACCAGAAAACCACACACUUGUUAUCUGUAAAUUGUGUUGCUAAUUAGCCAACGUAAGGGCAUUCAAAUAACACAAUAAACUUAAACUUUGACAGUUAUUUAUCCAAAGGUGAGAUGGCAGCAUCGGGGCUGGACGAUUUGAAUUUUACAAUGAAAGAGAUAACCGGCACGCGCCAGUCAGUCUCGGGCAGCGCAAGUGACGAAUCGUCCACUGCCAGUGUUGUGCCUGAGAGCUCGUCGAUUCUUUCCAUAUCAGAAGAGAAUAAACUCGUCUGUGUGGAAUAUCCAGGUAUUAUCUCCAAUGUGGACAAGAUGCUGGAAAGUAUUGGGGGUAUACAAGGAGUGUCCAAGACCUAUGCUGACCCCAGCAGGCGGUUGGAGCUCCGCUUUCGUCCUCAGGACCCGUUCUGUCACCCUGUCUGUGGAAACCGUUUCCCCUCCACCAACCUGCUGCUGCGCAUGAAAAGGAGGGUGCGCAAAGGCAACCCCAAGGAGGCCCAAAUCAACAUGGACAUCCUGGGUGUCAUCGGGACAACAUACAAAUUCCAAGGGAUGGCAGACUUCCAGUAUCUUGCGGUACAUUCAGCAAAGGACGGCUCACAUACAUCCCUCUACGAUAAGAUCAUCUUGCGUAAACCAGAGAAUAAUGAGUUCUUUGAGCAGCCUGUGCCCCUCUUCCUUCCUCCACCCAUCUUCUCUCGCCUGGACAGUGCUGUGGACUAUAACUACCGACCUGAAAUCCAACACAAAGAAGGCCAUUGUCCCCCGACAGUCUCCAGGGAUAAUUUGAUUGGUUUGAGUCGAGCCCGUCGGCCUCACAACGCCAUCUUCCUCAACUUUUAUGACCAGAACAUCCCCACGGAGCCCCUGGAGGCUGCCAAGGUCAACUGGAAGAGAGUGUGUGUUCACCCCAGUGACAUAAAGGCAGAGGAACAACUGAAGAAGAUGUUUGAGAGCCGGCCCAUCUGGUCCGGGUACGCGGUCAAGGCCAACCUGGACAUCCACCCUGAUAAACUGAAGCUGCUGCUCCCUAUCGUGGCCUACUAUAUGGUGACAGGCCCCUGGAGGAGCCUCUGGGUGAGAUUUGGCUACGACCCCUGCAAGACACCAGAGGCCAAGAAAUACCAGGUGCUGGACUUCAGGAUCCGCUGCAGUACCAAGCACGGAUAUACUAUAAAUGACAUGCCAGUGAAGGCCAAGAGGAGCACGUUCAACUAUACCCUGCCAAUCACAGUUAACAAAGCAGUGCCCCAGGCUGCUAAUGUGACAGAUUUACCCCCUGAGGGCCCUGCCGGUGGACGUAGUGCUAAUAUAACCAGGUACCAGCUCAAGGAUUCCUCAUACAUAUUCCGAGAUGGGACCCUGCCCCCCCACAGGCAGAUGUUCUACCAGCUCUGUGAUCUGGACGUGGAGAGCAUAAGGAACGUGAUCAGUCGGAACGACGGCCAGGAGAAGGAGUGUGACGAGAGGGACGGCUGGUGUUUGUCCCACACCUCUGAUGACCUCCGAGAUAUCAUGUCCUCCAUGAUCAAGCAGGUUAUCCGUGCCAAGAGGCCAGCUCCUUACUCUUCUGGGCCUGAGAGUUCUGUUACCAGGCGAAAGACCCCAGAGAGUGGAGAGGAGGAUGAUGAAGAGGAGGAUGAGGAAGAUGAGUUUCAUCCCUCAGAGGGGAGUGACAAUGAGAUGCAGACAGAGAUGCUGGAUUAUAUGUGAGGAUGGACACGAUCCAUCCCUGCCUUAACAAAUGGACUGUGGAAUUGUACAAACUUCCUUCAUUCACUGUAAAAACGUACAUUUUUGUGUAUUUGCGAAUUAGUGUGAAUAAAUGUGUUUAAGUUGAGGAGUGAA